CCGUUUUCAACACGUCGAUAAUUAAAUACAUGCCGAUGCCGUGACAACGCCACAAUGGAGAGGGUUAAGACGCGCAAGCCACACAAGAAGUCGCGGAACGGCUGUCUUCCUUGCAAAGCCCGUCAUGUGAAGUGCGAUGAACAGCAGCCGAAUUGCGCAAAUUGCGUGAAGCAAGGGACGCCGUGCGAAUAUCGAGCAGCAAAAAGUCGUGAAGGGUCAAUCGGCUCACCAUUGCCCGUCACCUCGACCUACACACCUUCAUCAACAGAAGGCGGGGUGCCCGAGCCAUCCAUUCCAGGUCUGCCUGUUUCGCCGGUACAAGGUCCAACAGCUAUCAACCUCCUUCAAUUGCGUCUUCUACAUCAUUACACGACCGUCACCGCUCAAUCUCUCGGAGCGGACUCAGAGGCCCAUGGGAUUUACGCAACUGUAGUCGUGCAGACCGCUUUCGAGUAUCCUUUUCUUCUUCACGUGCUCCUCGCACUAGCCGCUCUCCAUCUUAGUCGGCUUCCAGAGUGUAGCUCAAGAGCCGUUGAGUAUGCUCUGAUAGGCGGUAGGCAUCACGACACUGCUCUUGCGACUUUUCAAGCUUCUGUCCGUGACAUCGACGAGAGUAAUUUCAAAGCUGUCCUCAUGUUUGCAGGAGUACUAUUCCCAUACUCCUGCGCAAGCUCUGUCGAUUCUGGCCACGACGUAGAACACGCAUUGGAGUCUCUACUGGCCAACUUCACUCUGACCAGACGAGUCCGGCCAAUGGUUUCGAGCUUCUACAGUGCAAUGAAAGCGUCUGUCCUGGAGAAGCUGAUACCAAAAGAUACUCAGGGCAUUGACUGGCUCAUCCAAGAACCGCCGAUCGAUACCGAACUCGUGCAGUUACGCAAGUUUGCCGAAGCCAUACACCAGCUCUACCCUCCUGAUAUUGUUGAUGCGUACGGCUUUGCCAUUCACAUUCUGAUCCUCACUUUUGAAGCAGCGGAGAAAUCUCACGAACCGCCCUCUGACGCACUCCUGAAGAUCUGGAUACACUUCGUAAGCGAUCGCUACGUGGAGCUACUAUCAGAGCGACAACCUGGAUCGCUCAUCAUCUACGCACACUACGCUGUUCUCUUACAGCGGAGUAGUGUUCAACACUGGUAUCUGGCCGGUAUGGCCGAGCAAAUCUUGCGCGUUGCCGAAGCACUGGUCCCCAGCGAGUGGAGCGGCUGGUUGGACUGGCCGAAGGAGCAGCUCCGAAGCCAUCAAAACCCCUAUACCCCAAGAUGAGGAAGCCCAGUACCGGAAAUAGCUGCAUGUACUUUGUUUCGACGCAAAGGGCGCGGUCAUUGAAAACGUUGAUAUAUAGAGAGGGCCCAUUGCCGGGAUGCGCAUCGAUAUUGCGUUAGCUAUCAAAACUCUGGAGAUUAUGGCGAGCACUGUAGUGAAAUACAGCCACUACAGAUGAUUUGCGCAUCUUUACGUCAUACCUAAUAUUGCGUGCAAUGCCGCCACUGGUGACAACCAAGCCAUAGCUCUUGCAAACGACUAUCUGCUCUAAGCUAAUAUUGAAAGCGACUUUUCAAAUUGGAACUGAACCUAGCAGCGACUUCAGCAGACUCCUGCACAAGCCGAAUACGGAUCCGCAAACGA